ACGUCUAGCCCAGCCCGGCCCUUGCCUACCCCAGCCCGCCGAGGUCCCCGUGCGAUGGGGAGGGGCGGAGACGGCCGCCGCCUGAGCGGCCGCGGCGCGGCACAAGCCGAGAAGCAGCGCGGCGGGGCGGCGGCUGGAGCAGGAAUUAACACACAGAAAAGAGUCAUCAUAAGGAAACUGAGCGACAAUGAAGAGGAAAACCAGCCGUUCUGAGAUAUGAAGCAGUGUGCCUGGUGAUAACUUCUUUUGUCGUUUCUCACCAUUGGAGAAUGGCUGCUAUACGCUGUGAAAAUUGCUGUGGUCAGUACCACAACUCCCAGGUCAGCCAACCUCCUGACAUCAGCUGGAUGUUGCUCCUGAUCAUGCUUGGAAAAGUGUUUCUUGAUUUCUUCAUGCUGCAAGUUAAGCAAAAGAACGUGAAAGUGAGUUUCAUGCACUACUUCUGCGUUUCGCUGGCACUUCUCGACGUUACGCUGCUGCUGAGUAUAUCUUUCAUUUUCUGUUUUGAGGACUUUGCACUCUGGGGUGUGCGAUUCACAACGUACCACAUCUGCCUGUUCACUCAGGUGAUUUCUCUUACCUAUGGUAUUUUACAUUACCCGGUGUAUCUUGUGGCUGGUCUGGAUUAUUACAUGACUGUAACCCAAACUUCUCGGUUCCCUCCGAGAGGUCAAAGAUUACUUUAUGGAUGUGCCGUGGUUGUCAUAUGGAUUUGGGGUUUUUUUUGUAUCCUCAAAGUUCCUACUAUCUAUGAAGAACUAGAACUUCAGGGCCGUGUUUCUCGUUCCCAAUGCCCUCUGUCUGCCAGCAUGCAGAGCUACUCCAUCUCCUGUGCCAUGGUGCUGCUCCUGGGCAUGGCUCUCCUGGCAUGUCGCAGGGAAGUUCUGAGCAUGCUGUGCUCCGUCAGGGUGGUUUCCUUUGCCAGUCAGCCUGUUCUGAUGUUCUCCCAUGUGUCUAACAAUGGCACUUGCUUCAAGUGGCAGCUCCUGACCAGGCUCCUCAUCUGUUUUCUUGGCACUUGGGCACCUUUUGUUGUUCUUCAGAUCAUCGUGUUGUUUCUGGGUGCUCGGAUUCCAGCCUACGUGGAGAUGAACGUGCCCUGGCUGUAUUUCAUCAACAGCUUUCUCAUCGCCUUAGCGUACUGGUGUCGAUGCCAGGAUGUUGAAUUGACAGAGGAGACCUGGUCUACAGAUCCAUUUGUCAGCUGGAAAUUCUGCUUUGUGCCAUUUAACAAUGAAAACACAGAGGCAGCUGAUAAGCAGGGCACAGCAAUCGUCAUCUGUUAAUGAGCUGCUGACUGAAAAGGCUGCAAACAAGUGCUGUGUGUCAGAAGUGCUUACUUCCAUGUUCUGUGGCCCUGUCUGUGUGGAUAAUGCAAAGAAACAUCUCCAGAGCCACAAACUAUGAAAAGAGAGUCCAGCCAUCUACGACUAGUGCAAUGAAUAUUGCAGCAGAGGGCGGGACUCUGCCAGCAGGCACCUGCCACCUCAGAGGAUUUCACUAAAAGAGAAAAAUUUCACUUAGAGAAAACAAGUUUUCAGUUCAACCUUACAACUAGAAUUUUACACUUGCUUUAAAGGGG